AUGCCACAGCCACAAGAGUCGGUCCGAACCCUAGACAUCAGUGGUAGAGGCGCAGAACAUAGAGCAGGGGAAAGAGAUAAUCGCACACGCAAGAUCCAAUACAAGAGUCUGUUCGCAAAUUCAGAAAUGAAGGUGAGGUCAUCAGUGAAGAAAAUGUGUGAAUUCUGUAGAACAGUGAAGCGUCGUGGCAGAGUGUUUGUUUUAUGCUCAGCAAAUCCCAAGCAUAAACAACGACAAGGUUUGUCAACAAUUUCUUGUGAUGAAGGUUCUUCACUCACAUCCAGAAUAUCAGAAAUGCAAGUGGCUAGAAGCGAUUAUCAAGCUCCAAAAUAUGGCAUUGGAGGCGGCUUAGCAUCUGUACUAGUCGAGAGGAAGUUGCCUGCGCUUUUUGCUGGGUGGAGAGUGAGCCUAGCGUCUCUGCUUCAGACACGUGCGAAAUGAUGAUGAUACGACAUUGUUAUUUUUAGACCUAAUGUGAUCUUUUGAUUCUAAAUGAUGAUAAUUUUUUGUUUCUUUUCUUUGAUUAAAGCAUUGGGUUAAGCUCUUUUUUAUAUUGAAUAAUGAGGUCCAACAUUGUAUGAUCGUUUGUUUUCGUCUUGCUAAGUAUCGUAUCGCAAUUCUACAUGUUUUAUUUCGACAA